AUGUCUGAAUUAUCUGGUCAGUGUGAAGAUGACGUAUGUUUAAAAGAAUGCAGUUCUUUGUCAAUACGUGUAUUUCCAUGUUUAUAUCAUUGUAAAAAAAUGCUAUGUAUUAGACAUUUAUCUGAACAUGAUAAAUGUACUGAGAAGCAAAUUCAAUCUAAAAAACAGUUAGAAAAUCUAUGGAAUAGUUAUAUUUUAAUAUUUAAUGAAGAUAAAGUUCAAGAAGAAUUUCAAAACUUAAAAAUGAAACUUGAAACUUUCCAAAAAUUACGUAAAGAUAUACAAAAUGUAUUAUCAAUAAAUAAUUUUCACGAUUCAAUGGAAAAUAAUCGAAAGCUUCAAAUUGCUAUUGAAACGGUGGAAAAAUUUAUGGAACAAGAAAAUCAAUCGAAAUCAACUAUUAAUGAUACUGAAUCAAAAGGCGAAUUAAUAACAGAUGAUUACGAAGAGAAUCAACAAACCAUCGAUUAUGAAUCUUUAUCCUUAUCAGUCAUUACGAACAAUGAUUCUGAAACUGUAGACUUUUGCCCUUCAGUAUUAAAUACUAAUGGAAAUUCACCGUUAACUGAACCAGACAACGAGUAUUUUCAAGACAUUGCCGAAUCUGAUGAUUAUGGAAAUUCAAUGGAAUUCGAAAAUGAAGAUAAUACAAUCGAAGCUAGUACUCUUGAAGACCAAAUUAAUAUCACACCAAAACGAAACAUGCCUGCAUCGAAAUUCCGUGGUUAUUGUCCAUUAACACAAGAUGGUGCCUUUGGUAUUAGUUGUCAGUUACAUGGAAUACGUUUAUGUCCAAAAAUAAAUGGAAAUCUACGUACAUUUCGUUUACAUGAACAUUUUCGUCGAGUUCAUCAUUUAACUCCAUUAGCAUCACUGACACUUGCUCGAGCUAUCCGUUCGGGUCUAAAUCCAAUGACAACACAAUUAUUUGAUGACAAUCAUAUUAUUUUAAAUAUAGAUGAAUUACGUACUGUUGCUUGUCCAAUAAACAAAGGCUUUAUCAACUAUCCAACACUUCAUAUAUUGAAUUCACCAUGUGAUACAAUCAAACAAGUACGACAACUUAGAGAUCAUCUUAAACGUGUACAUAAAUUUACAAGUAAAGCAACCAAUAUUAUUAUUAAAGCAGUGAAAACUGAUACACCAAUACAUAUGAUUCAAUUUCCACGAUGGAUUGAUAUUAUUGAAGAUGAAUAA